AUGGCGGAUGGGAUGAACAACAAGAACACCGAAACGGACAAUCAAGCCUGGAGAAAAAAGCCUCGAAAGUUCGCUCCAAAGUCAAGACUAGGCUGUAAGACUUGCAAGAUAAGACGAGUUAAAUGCGAUCUAUCUCAGCCUUCAUGCUUGAAAUGCCUUUCUACCGGUCGCACCUGCGAUGGCUAUAGCGAAAUGUCCCUUACAUUCAAGACUGAGAGAACUGAGGUUGAAUCAACUCAUUAUCACAAGGAGAUCGUCGGCAGAGCAGAUAGCUGCGCCAGUCACAAUCCCUAUACUACGAUCAGUACAUACGGGUCAAAGCGAUGGCACUCGAAAUACCAUGGCCUCAGUUUGCAGAAUCUCGGACCCCUUAUGAUCCUACCAGUGACUGGGUCAGCCCAGGCAGAGGUGAUAUGCUUUUUCAGGGAUAUUUCGAUCAACGAUCUGAAUGAAUACCGCCCUUGCGAACCAUGGCGAAAGACUCUCAUGUUCUUCUCCCAAACAGUGCCAUCCGUGCGGCAUGCUGCCAUUGCUCUAGCCUUGAUUCACCGGAACUACCUGGAUCGUCAUUCUAACGAUCGGGUGUGUCAAUUGACACACCGGCUACCGGAUAAAGCUCCUUUGUUUCACUAUAACCGCGCCAUUCAACUUCUACUGAACCCGGAGAGUGGUGACAGCGCUGAGGUAACAGCUGUCACACUUUUAGUCUGUUAUCUCUUUACCUGCUUUGAUCAUCUGGCGGGCGACAACGUACAAGCAGUGAAGCACCUGUGCGGAGGUGUGGCGCUCUCACGCGACAACGACAACACUACAUUGAACAACUGUACCUAUGACGAUGCCCAAUCGUCGGGGGUUCCCGUGGUUAUCUGCCAGGUCACAAGACAGAUCCGCCGUCUUGACAUACAGGCCGUCAUGUUUCUGGUUGACUGGACUCCAACCAACAUCCAGGAGACGUUCAUGUCCCAUGUUGCACUCUUCGAUGGCGCCUUUCGGUCAUUUGACCAAGCUGCCGACCACCUCCAGGUUCUCGUGGCUCAGGUAAUGAGUCUACGCAACAAAGAUCAACAAAUGUUCCCAACGGGUACGAUGUCGGCGUUAUCUUCUUCACUAAAGGACAUCGUUCUCGGGCGGUUAGAAACGUGGUCGAGUCUCUUUGAAAACUUUCUGCAACAAGGCAAUCCGUCUGAGUCAGACUUUGAAACUGACCGACUCGUAUCACUCCUGCGCUUACAGCAUACCAUCACAUGGACUCUCCUCAGUGUUUGCGGACCUGGCAGAGAAAUGGACUAUGAUAAUUUCCUGCCCCAGUUCCAGCAAUGCGUCAUAUUGGCGGGCGAGGUAGCGGCGGCGCAUCAGCGGUAUUCGGGAUCGUCGAGGUCGACCUUUACGCCGGAGAUCGGAUUUCUCCCCUUUCUUUACAUAAUUGGGGUCAAGUGCCGGCAUCCUAUUGUCCGUCGUGAGGUCUUGAGUAUUUUGCGAUGGCAACUAAUACAGGAGGCUGCUUGGGAUAGCGUCUCCACUUCCAGGGUGGUUGAACGGGUAAUCGAAAUUGAAGAGAGUGGUGCGACUUGGGAAGAGCAAAUGAUACAGCCCAGGGAACAAAUUCCCGUAGGACAUAGGAUUGAGGCUUUGUCUUAUAAAUAUAUCCUAAGGGGACAGUCUGCGGCUAGGUUGGAUAUU